AUGUCAACUCCAAUCCCCACCUCAACCUCCGUCCGCGAAUCCGCCGUUAUCCCCGCUCCCCUCUCGCACGUCUGGCACCUCAUAAAGCUCCAAUCCUUCCCCUCGUUCUGGACGUCGCUGAAGUCUGCUGAGGAGGUGAAAAGGGACGGAACGAGGCAGGAGAUCAAGCAAGAAGAACACUCCGCCCUGGAGCACUUCAUAACCUACUCUGUCAUCACUUCCGAGCCUGCCUUGACAUACACGAGUGUGAUGAGCACGGUGCGGUGCUGGGAGGUCAGCUCAGGUGAACAGGAGGGGAGCACGUUUGUUGUGUGGACGGGGAGUUUUAGUGGCGACGCUGAUGCUGGCGUGAUCGAAGAUGCGAGGUUCAAGCGGAAAGAGGCACUGGCGGAUUUGGCAAAGGCUGUGGUGAAGAAGUGA